UAGUUUCUCCAUACAAGUUAUCAAGUGUUGGUUGUGUUUGAGCUUAUGAACCAUCUCUGAUAUCAUCCUCGUAUCACAACUUAGGUUGCUUGUCUUGUGUUUAAGGUUGUCUGUAAGUUUGAACAGUUUUUGAGUGAUUCAAGUUCCACCUGGCUCCUUCUUAACUACCUAGCUUCAUGUCUUCCAACUACUUUGAUCUUUCAAAUGGGAACAUCAAUGUAAAAGGAGUUCCCUUGCUAUCAGAAGUCCCAAGCAACGUCUUUUUCAGUCCUUUUUCUUCGGUACGAUCCUCCGAUGCGCCACUUCCUCUGCUCCAACGAGUCCAUGCUCUGUCCCAUAAGGGUGGAUUUCUUGGUUUCGACCAAAGUCAAAGUCAGCCUUCUGAUAGGCUGAUCAAUUCUCUGGGAAAGUUCGAGGGUAGAGAGUCGUUAAGUAUCUUUAGAUUCAAAACAUGGUGGUCGACCAUGUGGGUUGGGAGUUCUGGAUCGGAUAUUCAAAUGGAAACUCAAUGGGUCAUUUUGAAUGUCCCUGAAAUAAGGUCAUAUGUCGUUAUCGUACCUAUUAUAGAAGGGAGUUUCAGAUCUGCCCUUCAUCCUGGGACUGAUGGGCAUGUCAUGAUUUGGGCUGAAAGUGGCUCAACUCAAGUGAAAGCAUCGAGAUUUGAUGCCAUAGCUUACAUUCAUGUGUCUGAUAACCCAUACAAUCUAAUGAAAGAAGCUUAUGCUGCUAUUAGAAUCCAUUUGAAUACUUUUAGGCUGUUGGAAGAGAAGAGUGUGCCAGAUUUGGUGGAUAGAUUUGGUUGGUGUACUUGGAAUGCAUUUUUCUUGAAUGUCAAUCCCGUGGGAGUUUGGCAUGGUGUGAAUGAUUUUACUGAAGGUGGAGUCUCGUUGAGGUUUCUCAUCAUUGACGAUGGGUGGCAGAGUAUCAAUGCNGAUGGCGAAGACCCACAUCGAGAUAUGAAACACAUUGUUUUGGGUUCAAAUCAGAUGACUGCUAGACUUUACAAAUUUGAAGAGUGUGACAAGUUCGGGAAGUACAAAGGUGGGACUAUGUUGGGUCCAAAUGCUCCACCAUUUGAUCCCAAGAAACCAAAGUUGUUGAUCUCAAAGUCGAUCGAGAUUGAUAAUGCUGAGAAAGAUAGAGAUAAUGCCAUUCAAUCUGGAGUCACUGACAUAUCUAAGUUUGAAGCUAAAGUUCAGAAAUUGAAGCAAGAGUUGAUGGAUAUUUUUGGGAAUGAUCAAGAUGAAGAAGAAAACAACGGUAAUGGAAAUUACAAAGGCGAUGACAUGGGAAUGAAGGCUUUCACAAGGGAUUUGAGGACAAAAUUCAAAGGUUUGGAUGACAUAUACGUUUGGCAUGCUCUUGCUGGUGCUUGGGGCGGUGUAAGGCCGGGUUCUACCCAUCUCAAAUCCAAGAUAACUCCCCUCAAAUCCUCUCCUGGACUUGACGGGACAAUGACAGACCUAGCAGUUGUAAAGGUCAUUGAAGGCAAGAUUGCCCUCGUUCAUCCUGAUCAGGCCUACGAUCUAUAUGAUUCCAUGCAUUCGUACCUUUCUAAAGCUGGGAUUACAGGAGUGAAAGUUGACGUUAUACAUACUCUAGAAUACGUCGCAGAGGAAUAUGGAGGAAGAGUUGAUCUUGCGAAGGUAUAUUAUAAGGGUUUGACCGACUCUAUUGUGAAGAACUUCAAAGGGACUAACCUUAUCUCGAGCAUGCAACAAUGCAACGAUUUCUUCUUCCUUGGCACAAAGCAAAACUCCAUAGGAAGAGUCAGUGAUGAUUUUUGGUUCCAUGAUCCACAGGGUGAUCCUACGGGUGUGUAUUGGUUACAAGGUGUUCAUAUGGUCCACUGUGCAUAUAAUAGCAUGUGGAUGGGGCAGAUCAUACAGCCUGAUUGGGACAUGUUCCAAUCAGACCAUAUGUGUGCCAAAUUCCAUGCAGGAUCAAGAGCCAUCUGUGGGGGACCUGUGUAUGUGAGUGAUUCAGUGGGUGGCCACGACUUUGAUCUCAUAAAGAAACUUGCAUAUCCUGAUGGAACAAUUCCCAGAUGCCAACAUUUUGCCCUCCCCACUCGAGAUUGCCUCUUCAAGAAUCCUUUAUUUGACAACAAAACUGUUCUCAAGAUAUGGAACCUUAACAAGUAUGGAGGUAUUAUUGGAGCUUUCAAUUGCCAAGGAGCAGGUUGGGACCGUAAAGAGAAAAGAAUCAAGGGACAUCCAGAAUGCUACAAGCCAAUAUCCACAACAGUACAUGUAAACGAUGUGGAAUGGGACCAAAAACCAGAAACAGCCCCAAUGGGAAAUUCCGUUGAAUACAUUGUGUAUCUAAACCAAGCUGAGGAAAUUCUCCACACUACCCCGAAAUCUAAACCGCUAGAACUGACCCUUCAACCAUCUACAUUCGAGCUCUUCAAUUUCACACCCAUCAAAAAGCUAGAUUCCAACAUCAAAUUCGCUCCUAUAGGCCUGACAAACAUGUUCAACAGUUCUGGAACGAUUCAACAUUUGAAAUACAACAAAAACGGAGUGGAACUGAAAGUGAAAGGAGGAGGAAAUUUCUUAGCUUACUCGAGUGGGUCGCCGAAAAAGUGCAUUUCGAAUGGAAUGGAAGUCGAAUUUGAAUGGGAUUCCAAAGGAAAGCUGAGUCUUGAUCUUCCUUGGAUGGAAGAAGUUGGUGGAGUUUCUAAUUUGGAUAUUCUCUUUUGAGAAAUUUGACCAUCUAAGUUUAUUUUUAUGCAUUGUUUGUAUUUUCAACUCUUUUCCCUUCCCAUUUUGUUGGGUUGCAAAGGGAAUAAAAUAAAUUAUCCAAAUAUAUUUAUAAUUUAAUA